CCUGCAGUCACACUGGGAAACGCAAACAGAAGAGAAGAGGACAGUGCAGAAAUAAAGAGGCUUGUUUUAAAACAUGAAACAUUUGACGUGGAUCAGCGCUCUGUCAUUUCUGCUUUAUUUCUCCUCAGGAUCUGCAGACUACAGACAAAGGCGUCAGAUCCCAGCAAGGAGUUUGGCAGGUGUUUGCCGUUACGGCAGCAGGCUGGAGUGCUGCUACGGAUGGAAGAAAAACAGCAAAGGACACUGUGAAGCUCAGUGUGACCUGGGAUGCAAACACGGCGAGUGUGUCGGCCCCAACAAAUGCAAGUGCUUUCCCGGAUACACCGGAAAGACGUGUAGUCAAGAUCUGAAUGAGUGCGGUCUAAAGCCUCGGCCCUGUGAACAUCGCUGUAUGAACACCUUUGGUAGCUACAUGUGCUACUGCUUAAACGGAUACAUGCUGAUGCCUGAUGGCUCCUGCGCAAACUCGAGGACGUGUUCUCUGGCUCACUGUCAGUACGGCUGUGAGGAGGUGCAGGGCGAGGUCCGCUGUCUCUGUCCGUCUCCUGGCCUGCAGCUGGGAUCUGAUGGGAAGACCUGUGUGGACAUUGAUGAAUGUGCAACUGAGAAAAACCAGUGUCCGUUCAACCGUCAGUGCACCAACACGUUUGGAAGCUACUACUGCAAGUGCCAGACGGGUUACGAUCUCAAAUACGUCAGUGGAAAAUACGACUGUGUUGAUAUUAAUGAAUGCGUGUCCAAUACACAUAAGUGCAGUCAUCACGCCGAGUGCAUCAACACUCAUGGAUCCUACAAGUGUAAAUGCAAGCAGGGUUUCCGUGGCAGUGGAUUUGAUUGUUCAGUCAAGCCUUUUUAUCACAGAUCCUGGGAAGGUGAGAAAGGAAAUGCAGAUGUGUUUCUCAAUGCUAUUCCUGAUUUCCCCUCCAAAACUCGUAUUCUGGGCGGCAAGUUUGACAACACCAUCCCCGAGCCUGCGGUGACCGGAUCUCCACGACUGCGCCCGCAGCCCUACGACUACGACGGCCCUUCGGAGCAGACGCCCGUGUUUCCAGAGGAGGAGAAGUUUUAUGAUGAAGAAGAUGAGGAUGAGGAGGAGGAGGAGGAGGAAGAUGACACAGGAAACCAGCUGGAGGGCGAGGAGCUGAACCCCAGAGGAGAUGCUUUCUGCUAUACAGAGAUACAGUUCAAACACAUGCAGGACAAACUGAACGAGGCAUUAUUAACUGCACACAGGUUUGGACGGGAAUAUUACUUGGCCCUCGACGGUCCUGUGGGGAACAGGAAGGAGCAGAACAUGGGCGUCUUACGGGUGAUGCUGGACAACAGCGCCGUCGCCGUCUGGGAGAAACGAAACCCUCACAAGCACAGCUGGCAGUCAGAGAAGAUCACCAUUAACUGGACAGAAAACACUCCAGAGGCCAUCAUCUUUGAGGCCGAGCGUGGGAAGUCAGUAAGCGGAGAGAUCGGUCUGGAUCACGUGGCUCUGAUCUCUGGACCCUGUUUGGAUGAUAAAACCGUCAUCUUUUAGCGGCGCCACAAAGAACAUCAUUUAAUUUGUGACUUUUUUAACCAUCACAACAACAACAACAAAAGACAGAUUUAGCUGUUGCUCAGGUUUCAGAAUAAGCAGGUACAAACCUGCAUGAAAAUAAGGAGAAUUUCAUUUAUUGAGUGUCAUUGAUUUUAUGUUUUCUGAUUGUAGGUAGAUAUCAGUCACUAUUUGUAUGAUUAUAUAAACACUGCAACAUUAUAAUGGCUGUAAAUUUUGCUUUACAUUAAAAUAUUUUAAGAGA